AUGGCCCACAAGCAAAAAAUUAAAAAUAACAUAAUUAAACAACAUAACAACUUUGCAACCAAUACAACAAAGAUAAUAAACAGUAUAUUACAAAAACAAACAAACUCAGUAGUAUUUAACAACAUUAUACAUUCAAAAAAAGUUACAACUGAAUUACAAGAAAUUAAAAAAGAAAUUAAAAAACAUUUUGAAGAAUGGACGAAAAGCAAUUCUAUAAACAACAAUACUGAAAAGAAUAAAACAGUACAAAAUAUUGACAUAGAACCAGAAUACUUUCAAGAACAAACAACUUUCUUAGAAAAAGAAAUGCAAAAAAAUAAUAUGGUUAUUAAUACAGAAACUCUACCUUUGAAAAAAAGAAAUAUAGAUAACUUUACAGAAAACAUGAUUCUAGAAGAAACAAUUGCAGACCUUUGA